UUGUCUAACCUAACUUUGUGAAUCUACAAAUUUCUAAUUUAAUAUCAAAAAUGCUUUUCAAAAGAUAAUUUAACUUUAAACUAGUCUUCUGUUCAUAUAACCUUCAAUGUAAAUUUAUUAAAUUAAUUUAAUAAGCUAUUAACUUCAACUCAAUAACAUUUAACAUUUAACUUAAUAUAAUUAAAAAAUAUAUUACAACAAUUAAUUAAUUAAAUAUCACGUGCAUUCACAAAAAUAAUAUCAAUAUAUUAACAAUAUAUGCCUCUGAUAUUUUUAAUUUUUAUUACAAAAGAAGUUACUAAAGGUGAUGUUUUCUUCGGUCGCUCAAAUGUGCUAAUGGUUCCUGUAAUAAAUCUUUAUACGUAGUCCCGUCAGCUAUAAAAGUACUCUUAUCAAACCCUCAGAAUGACAUCAUUCGACAACAAAUAGUGAAACCACAUGUGCAAAGCGUAACACGUAUGCUUUCACAUUUUCUAAUUUGUGCUUCGAUCAUUAUUGAUAGCAACGCGUAAAAGGACCUUGCACACUUCUUAUAAAGAAAACAGCUGUCAAAUUUGCUAAAUUUUUUAUGUGAUUGCUUUUAUGAUACUAAUCAAAUGCAAUCUUAAUAAUCAUGACCUCACGAAAUCUCAACUUUUAUAGUUAUGGAACCCUAAAUUGUUCAAAAUUGUGUAUUUUACAGUUAUACAUAUAUUUACUGUUUUCGCCACUAUUGUUAUUUAAGUGUAACUAGUUAUGCAACAUAUGCCACAUGUCUACGAGCAUUAUUGACAUGUUUCAAACGACAUUGAACUUUGUAUGAGCUGCUUUAUAAUACAGUAUUGUUAUCAAUACGCAAGUCUUUUCUGUAUAAUCAUCGUAAUCUACGUAAAAAAAUUAAUAGAUACCAUAGAUUUCAUUAAUUUGUACACACAAACAUCUAUGGUGGUUCAUAGAAAAGCCUUUAUUUUUUAUUUCAACGUUUAAGAAAAAUGAUAGCGCUGAAAUUGUCAAUCAAGGGAGAAGCUAAUGUUAGCUGGGAGAGAAGAAGGACAACCAGGGAUUCCCAAGGACACAAUCGUACCAAAGUGGAUCAUUUUCGAGCAAAUGAACAGUAUUUUAAUCUGACUUAUUACCUAUUAGGAAAUACAGCAGGCAAUGGCGAGGUACGAAUAUCAGCAGGAUUUCAUAGAUACUCUUUCAAUUUCUCACUACCCUACAAUAUACCAUGCAGCUUCGAACAUACAAACGGUCACAUCAGAUACACGAUGAAAGCCGUCAUCGACAGACCAUGGAGAUUCGAUCACGAGAGCAAAAUUGCGUUUACUGUAGUCUCGUCUUAUGAUUUGAACACUCACAGUCAUCAAUGUAUCGGCGUAGAUGACGAAGUGAACGAAAGUUUUUGUUGCUUCUGCUGUUUAAACUUGGGUUCGAUGAAGAUACGUAUCAGAAUACCGACGACAGGGUUCGUUCCGGGACAAUCGAUAGAGACUAUAGUCAACCUCAAUAACAUCAGUAGAGUCAACGUGACGAAGAUCUGUGUUAAACUGGAACGGACUUUAGAUUUCCACGCAAGAUUACCAUACAAUACGACCAAGACGGAUAAGGCGAUCGUAAAAGUUGAUCAAAGUAUGGGACCAUUUGGCCAGCAAGCUGAGGUUGCAUCACGAUUACAGAUUCCACCAAUACCGCCAUCCCAAUUGGAAUAUUGCAGUAUAAUAGAUCAGAAAUAUUCUUUACGCGUUACAAUUCAUGUCUCUGGAACGCAUUGCAGUAUUACCAAAAUUUAUCCGAUCUUGAUUGGAACAAUUCCAUUACACUCUACAAUUCUAUCCGCAUCCUAUAUGCAAAACGUGCCUCAACCUACAGCUCCUAUAAUACAAGACGAUUAUGAUCCUCCGCCACCGAUGCCAACGUCUCCAGACUACGCACCACCAAAUGUGCCCUAUCCUCAAGCGAUAGGUUUUGCCUCUCCGAGUCAACCCGGCACCUCAACCAAUCCAUGGGAUAUACCACCACCAUCGUAUGAAGAAUGUAUGCAAAGAGCAGAUAGUAUCAAAGAUGAAGAUGAAUCAAAUUAUGUACAUGGUGCUAAUGAGCCUUUCGCACCGAGGUACCCGGUCUUCAAUUUCGCACCGCCAUGUAAGAACGGAACAUUAUUUACUACUGAUCGCAUCACAUUUUUAUAACACUACAUUUUCAAUAUUUUUCUUCAAUAGAUCCACCAGAAAAAUAAACAAAAACAAAAUACCCUAAAAAUACAAAACAAGAAAGAAAUCCGUAUCACGCGGCAAUUGAGUUACUUCCACUCAAUGCGUUUGUAACAACGAAGAAGCAAGUCAAACAGGAAUUCAAAAACGCAGAUUCUGAUCGCUACUACCUCAUGAUAUCUAUAAGUAAAUGUUACUCAACUUUCUUAAGUGUAAAAAAACCUUAAUCACAUAUACAUAUUUUUAUACUCUAUAUCACACUCUUCUUAUAUGUUUACAAAUGUAUUUUGCAGUAUGCUUGUGUAGAACAAAUUAUGUAUAAUCUAUAAGAAAAAAAUAUAAUUUUGCGAUGUUCGUUUACAAGUUAAAACGUUAAAAUAUUUUAAACAGAUUAGAGAAUAAAGAUCCAUAAGAAGAUAUAUGCAAGGAGAAAUAAACAUAAUUAUGCCAAAAAUGGCAUAUUUACACAAUUUAUUUUAUAUCUCUCAACAUCAUCAUAAUCAUCAUCGAGUCAUAUAAUAGCAAAAGUAACGUUAACCAGAAGUGUUUUGAAUGUCGGCUAGAACAACGGAAAAAAAGCAUGAUAGGAAGGGAGGGAAGAGAGAUUCAUCCCGAUAACUCGUGCAAGCUAAUCGAUUUGUGAAUUUGUCGUAAAUACAAAAAAAGUGCAAUAUAUGGAAGUCGGAGAGGAGUGAGAACCCUAACGAAAAAAAGCUACAUGACGUAAUCGUGAAUUUUGCAUGAACGGUCAUAUGAGAUUUCCUAUUCUACAAUAAUUGUAUUCCAAAUUUACAGCAUAGCAAAUGUACAUGGUACUAUUAUUCACAUUCAAUCACCAAAUGCCCGGCAAACAUAUCAUUGUAGGAACUGAACCCAUCCAUUUCGACGCUUUUAACACUGCCUUAAAUACUGAGAUUAAACAUAUUUACGCGAUAUUGCUAUCGGAUGACUGCGAAAGAUGCUGAAGCCUUUGAUUGCACACAAUAACACAAAAAAUCGAGCUCAUUUUAAAAUGUUUACAAACUAUUCUUACAUUGCAAAUUUUACUUGCACGAGAAUGGUCCCGUUAAUUAUAAGAACUUAUCGUCAGGCAAUCGCCGAAAUUUGUAUGAAAGCCAUUUUAUUUUGAUACAAAAUCAUUUCAUAACCAGAAUAAUGGCUUUAUCGUACGGAAUAACUUAAAUUCUUAUUUUCUUAUAAACGAGUUCUUUUCAAUGGGCCAUUCUUACAACGUAAUUCGAUCGAGGCGAUUUCACAUGUAAUUCAAAAAACAUCCGAAGCAAAAUCCGUAAGAAACGAUGCGUUAUAAUUCGUAACGUUCUGCGGUGAUUGAUUGACGUUCAAUUAUGUAAAUACGAUCCUAAGUCGGCAUUCAGUGUCCGUAAAAGUUCACUCGUGCUAAUUCGGCAUAAUCCAAGUAAAGAUUGGAGUAAAUUCAUAUUAGGCACAAGGACAAUUAACUCGCAGGGAAACUCGCGAAACGCUGAAGAAUUUCUCAAUAUGUAAUUACAUGAGCCAGCAAAGUCAGGAAUUACGAGCGUCGACUUAUCUCUAGAUAAACGCAACUGAUGGAACGUGUCGUCAUAAAAUUUAAAAAAUAAUAUAAACGUGCAAAAUUUGAAAAUUAAAACAAUAUUGCCGGCAAAGAAAAAUAUAGCGUCUACAACAAAUUUUUUGCGUCCUUGACUCGAUGUUUCCUGACUUUUUUUCCUCAGACUUUUCCGAGCGUCCUGAUUGUUCGGGAGGGAAAAGGAACUGUGAGCUCCGACUUUACAAAAAUUUACUUCGCUUACAUAUAUUACAAUAACCUUCCCUCAAUUUAAGACAUUCAACCCUUAAUAUA